CUCCACCACAUUCACUUUUGUGAAGUCCCAUAUUCAAGGUGCAACUGAACGUCUAUCAAUAUCAGAAGUCAUCAAUCAAUAGCACAAGCCUUCACAUUGCCCCUCGCCAGAGAACAAAGAAGAAAUGGCAGCCUCUGGGAAGACUUUUAUUGUCGAGCACCUCGACCCAGAGCUAGGCCCUUGGUCCGAACUCGAGUAUCUGGCCAUUGCACGCGAGACACAAGCGACUCAUGGUUCUUUCAUCCUCUCCAGUUUACCUUCUGCGUUCCAGGUUCCAGCAGAUCUGGCCAGCAACCCCGCCUUCACUGCUGAGCAGCGUGGUGUUGAGGAGCUCUACGCCGCCAACAAGUCGCGAGUUUGUCUGCUAGACCCAUCAGCCGCCAAGGAUCUCUCUCCUAAGGAUGGUGAGAACUUUGAUGCCUUCUUAUUUGGAGGCAUUCUUGGCGAUGAUCCUCCUCGAGACCGUACUUCAGAGCUUCGAAAGAAGGGCUUUGAAGGUCGCAGACUCGGCCCCAAGCAGAUGACAACAGACACGGCCGUCCGGGUUACUCGUAUUGUUGUUCAAGACAAGGUGCCACUUGAUCAGGUGCCCUACCUGGACUUCCCUGAGCUCAAAUUCAACGAACACGAGAGCACCGAGAUGCCCUUCCGAUAUGUACAGGGUGAAGACGGCAAGCCUAUCAUGCCCAAGGGCAUGGUCGAGUUGAUUCAAAAAGAUGCUGAUAAGGCUGUGGAUGAUCUCUUCUAAAUAAAUCAAAAUAAACAAUGCUAUCCACUGUCUGGACCCAGUUGCUGGGUAUAAGACUUGACUAUUCUUUGUCAUCACCAGGGGCUACUUAAAAAUCGCUUCAGCAAGCGUGAUUCUUCAUGACAAUGCAGUUGAACUGUCAACUAAAGACUUGUGUAAUAAGUUAUUAGCUCGAUAACUAUGUUGACAUGCGGAUGAAGAUAGCAAUAAGCCUCAAUAUCUAGCCUCUGAACCACGUACAUUACUUUUGGACGGUCUUGAGUUUUGGUUCGCAGUUCACAAUCACCUAAUAAUACCAGGU